GACCUAGCCACGGUUCGAUUUGUGCUGGGCCAAUCUUGCAAAUCUACCCCUUUUUAAACUUUUUAUCUCUUUUUAAAGUCGUUGACGUGCAACCGCCAGCCGCCAUUUUUUUUACUCCAAGUAACAAGAACAAAGAAGCGUUGGUGAGGGGAGCUUCUUCUUCUCGACCGGUUGGUUGCUCGCAACUUCUUCCUUUCCUCCACCAAAUCUCUCUCUCUCUCUCUCUCUCUCUAGAUUCGCAUGGACAUCUCAGAGAUGAGUUGGCUCCCUGCGACCGCUCGAAGCUGGUGGGCGAACGCCGGCCAUUCCUCCCAAUGGCAGGACGCCGCCUUCUACUCCCUCUGCGCCGCAUACUCCUGCGUCUCCGCCUUUGCCCUCAUUCAGGUAGUGAGGAACCAACUCCGAGUCCCUGAAUACGGCUGGACGACGCAGAAGGUUUUCCAUUUCAUGAAUUUCAUGGUGAACGGAGUUCGUGCUCUUGUAUUUGGGUUCCACAAACAUGUAUUCCUACUCCGGCCAAGGGUUUUUGCUCUAGUAUUGUUGGAUCUUCCAGGGUUAUUAUUCUUUUCUACUUACACCCUGCUUGUGCUUUACUGGGCUGAAAUAUAUCAUCAGGCAAGGGGUCUUCCUUCCAAUAAGCUUAGAAUCAUAUACACCAUUGCUAAUUGUGUGAUAUACAUCAUUCAGGUUUGCAUAUGGAUCUACCUGUGGAUAAACGGCGGUCGAAUUGUUGAAUCAGUUGGGAAUAUCUUCCUAGCAGUAUCAUCCUUUCUAGCUGCACUUGGUUUCUUAGUCUAUGGAGGAAGACUAUUUUGCAUGCUGAGGCAUUUCCCCAUUGAAUCGAGGGGACGACAGAAGAAGCUUUAUGAGGUUGGAUCUGUUGCUGCUGUAUGUUUCACCUGUUUUCUUAUAAGAUGCCUGGUGCUUGGUCUUUCAGCCAUGGAUUCUGGUGCCUCACUAGAUGUAUUGGAUCAUCCUAUUCUGGAUUUCAGCUUCUACAUGAUGACUGAAAUUCUUCCCUCUGCACUUGUUCUCUACAUACUGAGGAAGCUCCCUCCAAAAAGUGUUUCUGGGCAGUAUCAUCCCAUUCGAUAGAACAUUUGCUCGUGCAAGAACUAACCUAUUUGGAGCUAUGGAGAUGAGAUCCUUUUGAUCUUCUUUAUGCAAUCUAUUUGUUGCACUCAUUGUUUUUAAAAAGUAGUCAGAAAGCAGGGAUUUGUUAGGCACUCAAGAGACUCCCAUUUCUACUUGAAACUGCUUUGCAUUUCCUAAAGGAACUAAGAGGAACUGAU